GAAUCUCUCAUCCUUGGAAGUCCUAGAUGCUCAUGCAUGGAAAUUCUCUGGCAAGAUUUCUGAUGAUUUCCAGAAGUUGUCUGCUUUGGUAAAGCUCGACCUUGGACACAACGAUUUUUGCAGCCUCCCUUCGAGCAUGAAAGGACUUUGUGUUCUCAAGCAUUUGCUUAUCCCGAACUGCAGAAAGCUCAAGUUUCUUCCUGAACUUCCCUCAAGUUUGGAAUGGUUAAAUGCUGCAAACUGCUCUGCAUUGGAACGUAUAGCUAGCAUAUCAAAUCUGGAAUAUUUGGAACAACUCCAAUUCAGCAAUUGCAAGAAGAUAAUAGAUAUUCCUGGCCUUGAAAGCUUGAAAUCUUUGGUAAGGUUGUAUACAGUCGGUUGCAACGCGUGCUUACCUUCCAUAAAAAGACGGAUUUCUAAGGAUUCUCGAAGGCAUAUAAAGUAUCUCUGUGUUCCAGGGAGUGACAUUCCGGAUUGGUUUAUUCAGGAAGUACCUAACGUCUCAACUCGCAAGCACCGUGAUAUCAAGGGUGUGAUCAUUGGAGUAGUUCUCUCUCUAGACCAACAAGUAGAGGACAAUUUCAGACACAGAGUCCGAGCAAUCGUGGAUUUUCAAGCAACAGUUACCACACCAGGUGAUGCUGAACCUAAACUUAAGAAAACUUUGAACUUGGAGGAGGUUCCUGAUACAGAUGAAGAUCAGCUUUAUUUAUGUCGAUUUCACGAGUGCAGUGAUUUUAUAUUCAUGUUGGAAGAAGGCGACAGGGUGCAGGUUGCAAUUAGAGAGAGUCCACGUUUUAAUGGCCUCAAACUGAAGAAGCAUGGGAUGCACUUGGUUUUCGAAAAUGAGGAUGAUUUCGAUGCUAAUGAUGAGGAUUUGUUUGAUGAAUCUCAGCAGUCUGUUUCGAAGAAACUUGCUAACUUUUUUAAUUCAUUAUGAAACAGUUCAUAGCCGAAAUGAAUUCAGCAUACAGAGUUGAGUCUAAGAAUUGGACUAUAUAAAGACAUUUAUAAAUGUGUAUAUACUAAAU